GUAAAGUAUUCCAUUUUUGCUAGAAGAAACCGAACAGCAAAUCUUCCCGAUUCCAUCCCCUCCGCGAGGAGAGCUUCCUGCCGGCCGCUGUUCGUUCAGCUCUGGCUCUCCGGUGAGAAAAAAGUAUCAAGGAAGGAAGCAAGAAUUUUAAGAACAAAAUGCCGGCAAUUUCGACACCGAAUUCCGUCGCAAGCGCUUGCCUCGUUACCUCCUUGCGUCCCUCCCUCCCAGCGAAUCCGGGUUGGCUUCUCGCCUUCUGCCCUCCCCUUUUCUCGGAAUUCCCUUCUCGUCCCCAGACCCUAGCUCUCUCCCUUAGGAGGAGGAGAGGAACCCCAGUCUCCUCGAACGCCUCGUCUGCGGAGCUCUCCGCCGCCGAGGAGGAUUGGCUCAAGAAGCUCCCGGACAAAAAGAAGCCGCUCUACUCCCACAGCCUCCCCUGUAUAGAGGCGUGGCUGAAGAACUUGGGAUUCCACAAGAGCCGGGCGGACCGGGCGGUGUGGUUCGUGGAGAAGCCCAAUUGGCACGCCCAACUCUCCCUCGAUGUCACCGAUCUCUACAUUAGGUACCUGAAGAGUGGACCUGGAGAUCUUGAGAAGGAUGUGGAGAGGAGAUUUAGCUUUGCAUUGAAUAGAGAGGACAUCGAAAAUGCAAUACUUGGUGGACCAUGAAAACAAGAUGGGUCAUUGAUGUAUUUCCUUGUGAGUCAAGACAGGACUUGAAGUCAUCAAGAUUUUGGACUGUUUUGAGUGUAUGUUCCUCUGAUACUUAGCACCUCAUGUUUCUCAUAUCUCAAACAAUUGAUCUGUAAACUUCUAUGUAUAUGUCCUCUCAGAAAACUUCUAUGUAUUCGUUCUAUGUAUAUGUCCUCACAGAAAAACUUCUAUAUAUUUGAAUCUUGAAUGGUAGUUAGUUUUGAAAUAGUUUCACAAUA